AUGCUCUUCAGGAUCUGUAGCGUCGACAGGAUGGGGGCGACUGAGAAACUGCCGCCGCAACAGCACCAUCUUCGGCGUCGUUUUUCCACGGGUGCCGCUUCGGGAGCCAUUGUUGUCCGCACCCCAAGCGCACACGUAGGUCACGGGCGAAGGAGUGCUCACGACCAGGCACAAGGAGAUAGGACGGCGGGAGAGAAAACCUUCAGUGGCAUAGUCCGCACGGAGGGAGAGGCAUGGGGCGGGGAGGGGCAGCCUCCGGCAGGGGGUGAUGAUGAUGAGGAGGAGGAGGAGGAGGAGGAGGUUAUGGCGACCACUAGAGGGCGCAAGGAGAGAAGAGACAGCGUGACCGAUAGCAUCGUCAAAGAGCGCGAGCAACAUCUAGUGCGCCUCGCCAAGGCCGAGGUGGAUACGGCAAUGGCAAAGACCUUCAAGGCGUCAUCGUUGGGAUCCCGCAAGAGGCCUCGCCAAGCUGGGGGAUUCAACAAGGCGUACGAUCGAACCGGAAAGCAGGUUCACUCGGAUUUUGCUGCCGGAGGCUUCGCGCGUUGGAUGGGUUCAGCCUCGAAGGGGUGGCCCACGUUCAGGCACCGACUUCCGGAGGUAGCCCUAGCGGGCCACACGAACUGCGGGAAGUCUACCCUGGUGAACGCCCUGUCGGGGAUACACCCCCGCAGGGGUCCCGCCUCCACCUCCGACCGCGCGGGCUGGACAGACCUCGUCGGUUUCUACCAAGUGGGCAAGAAGCCCCCUGUGCUGACUAUGGUCGAUCUUCCCGGGUAUGGCCACGCUGUCGCAACGAGGCACGCGAUCAAGGGGUGGUUGAGGAUGAUCAAGGAGUACAUCACCACCCGGCAAGAGCUCAUCAGGUGCUGCGUUCUCGUAGACUGCACCCGAGGAUUCUGCGAAGAGGACCGGGCCCUGCUGCAGCUUCUCGCCAAGCGUAACAUCCCAUACCAGAUCGUCCUGACCAAGGCGGACCUCCUCACUCCCGAGCUGCUGUCGGCUUGCGUGCUGCUUCUGCGGCGUGACCUGUCCGACCUUUGCGGCCAGGAGGCCGGCUCGACGGCUCCGUUUUCGGCCGUGUGCGGCACCUCCGGGGCCGGGGUAACGACCCUCUGGAAGGACCUGGCCAAGCAGGCGGCCAAGGCACCCGGAUCGCUCGUGGCGAUGCAGGCGGCCCAUCUAGCCGCGAGAAAAGCUAGGGAGAAGGAAGAGGCAGAUUUAAUGGCUAGAAAGGCAGCGAGAACGAGCAGGGAACACUGACGAAGUAUGACGAUGGUGGUCGCGGUGGCAGAGGGAGCUUUGGCUCAAAUUGCCAGUGGAUAGAAGCGGUCUAGUGACCGGAUGGUACAGUGUCGUCGACGGCUUUUGUUGCCUUUGCUUUUGAUGUUGUGUUUGAAUGUAUUUCUGGUCUGUCCGAGCUUUUGUGUCGGAAAUGGGAAGUAUAGCUGUCGAAUGUCCUGCAGUACUUCGAAGAUUUCGUUGUUCGAAACCAACCGUUAGUGGUUGAAAAUGAGUCAAAGGAAGAACGACACAACAUGGUAAUGGGGUGUGCCCCAAGCUAAAAGGAACACAGUAGUUAUUGGCGGCGUGCAAUGCGGGGCUGGGACGGACCUGGGAAGACCCCGCAAUCGUCCGCAGUUUCUACCC